AGGAGGUGAUGCCAUGACACGCAAGCAAAGGAAGUGCGGGGGAGGCUGGGCAAGGUCUCCUUUGGUCUGAUCAGCCGCAGCUGCAACUGGACUCUUAACUUAUGAUGUCAUUUUGGUCCUCUUAAAGAAGGCAGGCCAGCAACCAACCAACCAACCUUCUGGGACAUUUGAUUGACAUCUGGAGAGACAGGGAGAGCCGUGAUACAGGGGAUGCCAAAGAGAGUAACUUCCUAAAUGGGCGCGCCUAUGCUCAUCCCGGGGCUGUACUAGUAACUUAGCAGCACGCCCCCAAGCUUAAACUAGAGCCUAGCGGAGUUUCUCCCGUGCCCCGGGUUACAGAAAAUAAAGGGAGGAGGCCGAGAUGCUAGGGCGCGGAGGAGGUAGCCGGGGAGGAAUGUCCAAGCUUAGAUAGGGAUCCGUGGGCUUCCAAGUCCACCUAGAAAACGAUGAAAGCGCCCAAGUUAUGGAGAACAGAGAGAAACAAGAGCCCUCGGCAACGUGGGGCGGAUACGAUGGGCGACCCAGGAAAAAACAACUUGAGAAGGUGUCGUGGAAGUCGCCGACAUAAGCCCCGUUUCGGCCACUGACGGGGUCUCGGGUGACCGAACAAUGAGCGAGGAGGCGCGCGGGCAAGGGCUGGGGGAGGGGACGAGGCCCCGGGCCGAUGAGGGGCUCCAAGGAGGAGGGGACAGGGCCUGGAUACAGGGGCGAGAUGGAGGACACGUUGCCCCGCUGCCGAGGGGGCCCGUGACGCCCGGGCCGGACACUUGGGCUUCCUCCAACACUCUCCGCCUCCUGCCCCGCCUGCUCCUCCCUCGAGCCCCGCUUCCGUCAGACGCUUUCUCUUCUUCCGGCUCUGGCCUUGCGCUCGUCCGAGCGCUCCCAAUUCCGCCCGGGACCGGCAAUCCUGGAAGCGAAAAGUCAGUCAGGGAAAGAGUCGGACGGCGCGCAUCCUGCUCGGAAGGGAGACUGGGCCUGGGGCCCCUGCGCUUUCCUACACUUCUCACUUCUUCCUCACUUCCGGGCCUAGAGCUGAAUUACCUUGUUUACGGAAAGAGGAAGACGGAAACUGCCCAAUCAGAGUGCCGAGCCCGUUAAACGUCAUCUCCGGAAUAUAAUGAUCUCCUGGUCCUGCUCAUUUCACUCGGCAUCAGUUCAUGUCAGUCUCUCCAGGCCUUUCUGAAAUCAUCCUGCUGGACCUAGGCUUUUUGAUGGUCAGACCAAGGAUCUUUCCUUUGAACCACACUUGGAAGUGAUCAUGAAUACCAGGCACUGCUAAGAGUGGACUAGACAUGGCUUCCACACUUCGAGUCCUCCCUGGCUUUGCACGCACUCGCCCAGUACUUUGGGGGAGCCCAGCUUCCUGGUCUUCCAGCAGCAUGACGCUGGCAGAGCAGGCCUGGCAACUUUUUGAGUGUGCAGUGGGUGCAGUGAUGCCAGGCCCCAUGAUCCGCCGGGUCCUGACAGUAGACACAGAGACUGGACAGAUGAAGGUUCGGGACAGGAACUUCCAGCUCCAUCACAAUGUUUACCUGGCAGGCUUUGGCAAAGCUGUGCUGGGCAUGGCGGCAGUGGCGGAGGAGCUACUGAGCGAUCACCUGGUUCAGGGUGUGAUCAGUGUGCCCAAGGGCAUCCAAGCAGCUAUGGAAAGUGCUGGCUUGAACCUGGAAAUGAGAGUAGGAAGAUGUCAGGAACGUAAGGUCCCCCCUGUUUGGGACCCCAUGGUCCCCCUUUUCAGGGAGAUGCUGCUGAUGCCACACAGCCACAUCCAAGUGUUUGAGGGAGCCAAGAACAACCUGCCUGACAGGGACUCCCUGCAGGCUGCAGUGGCCAUCCAGGACAUGGCAGAGGGGCUGUCGGCUGAUGACCUGCUGCUGGUCCUUAUCUCAGGGGGAGGCUCAGCCCUGCUUCCUGCUCCGAUCCCCCCCGUUACUCUGGAAGAGAAACAUUUGCUCACCAAGAUGCUGGCCGUUCGCGGUGCCACAAUUCAGGAACUAAAUACCAUCCGUAAGGCCUUGUCCCAUCUCAAGGGCGGGGGCCUGGCCAGGGCUGCUUACCCUGCCCAGGUGGUGAGCCUGAUCUUGUCGGACGUGGUGGGGGACCCUCUAGAUGUGAUUGCUAGUGGUCCCACGGUAGCAAGUGACCACAAUGUUCAGGAUUGUCUGCACAUCCUCACCCGGUAUGACCUCCGCGGAACUUUGCCCCGCUCCGUCAAGACAGUGCUGUCUAGGGCCGACUCCGAUCCCCGAGGCCCUCCUUGCUGUGGCCACGUCCUCAAUACAAUUAUCGGCUCCAAUUCUGUUGCUCUGGCCGAGGCCCAGCGCCGCGCUGAGGCCCUGGGCUACCAGGCUCUGAUUCUGAGCACGGUCGUGCAAGGUGAGGUGGGCUGCCUGGCCCGCUUCUACGGGCUGCUGGCUCAGGUAGCCAUUCUCCACCUCUCCUCGCGAGUGGGGACGACCAAGAAGGAGGAAGAGGAGCUUCAGAAGCUUGCUGAAGAGCUGCAACUCACUGACCUGAAGCUGGGGGAUGUUCUGAAGACUCUGGAGGAGGCCAAGGGCCCCGUCUGCCUUCUGGCUGGAGGGGAGCCUGUAGUGAAGGUCCAGGGCUUAGGCAAGGGUGGCAGAAACCAAGAGCUGGCGCUCCGGGUGGGUGUAGAGAUGAGCGGGUGCAUAGGGAGCAACUGGGAGGCACUCUUUCUGAGUGGUGGGACUGAUGGGCAGGACGGUCCCACCGAGGCCGCGGGGGCCUGGGUCACCCCCGGGCUGUCCACCGAGGCUGAGUCCGAGGGGCUGGAUGUAGCGACUUUCCUGGCCAACAGCGACUCAAAUACCUUCUUCCAGCGCCUGCAGGGUGGCAUCCACCUCCUGAACACGGGGCUGACUGGCACCAAUGUCAUGGAUGUCCACCUGAUGCUUCUGCGGCCCUGCUGACGGGACAGGGCCAGCACAGGUCUCACCAUUUCCUCAGGGCCUAUAAGAUAUUGGGAAAUGCCCUUCUAACUAGGACUGGAAGGCGGGGCAGGGCCAGGGGAGUCUGCCCCAGGCCCUUCGCUCCUUCUGUGGAAUUCCCUGGGCCACGCCAGGCUUUGAAGCAGUGGUGCCCCUAGAAGCACACUAGGAAUAAGCAGUACUCAGAAAUCCGUUUCUGACUUGUCAGGUCUUUAUUGCAGUCUGCUUCCCUUGUGGUCACCCCUCUUUCUCAAGGCACUACCCACCCCACAUUCCUCAGGCACAACCCUUGGCUCCCUUGGGGGAGAGGUAACCAUUGUGGCAGGAGGACCUUCCAACCCAUCACUAGCUAAGUUUUCUUCCUUUAACCUUGUCACCUUAGGCUGGCCUUCCCCCUAGCCCACCCCUGGGGUUGGUGAUGAAAAAAAUGUGACUGAGUGUUUAGGAAAGAGUGUGAAAAUAAAAAGGCUUCAUUCAUUGGCUAA